AUGACUUGGCGAAAUAAGGAUCACCCCAUCUUCGCCACCGGAGAGGGCGGCGACCCCAACGGCGGCUACGGCUGGGUCUGCGCCGUCGCCGCCGCCUUCAUCAACGCGCACACCUGGGGGCUCAACUCGAGCUACAGCGUGUUUCUCGCCUACUACCUGCGCGCCGACAUCUACCCCAACGCCACCUCCCUCGAGUUCGCCUUCAUCGGGUCCCUGAGCAUCGCGUGCGCCCUGCUCGUCUCCCCGCUCGCCACCCUCGCCGUGCGCGAGUUCGGCACCAAACCCACUUUAUUCCUCGGCGUCGCUCUCGAGACCGCCAGCCUCGUGUGCGCCAGCUUCGCCCACAAGAUCUGGCACCUCUUUUUAACCCAGGGCGUCCUCUUCGGUCUCGGCAUGGGCUUCAUCUUCGUGCCCAGCGUCGCCAUCAUCCCCCAGUGGUUCACCACGCGCAGGUCCCUGGCUAACGGCAUCGCCGCCGCCGGCUCGGGCAUCGGCGGCCUGGUGUACUCGCUCGCCAGCGGCGCCAUGAUUGAGCGUCUCGGCAUCCAGUGGACCUACCGCAUCCUCGGCAUCAUCGCGUGCGUCGUCAACACCAUUUGCGCCAUCCUCCUGCGCGACCGCAACAAGAUUAUCGGCUCGCGCCACGUCCCCUUCGACACCGGCCUCCUCAAGCGCACCGAAUACCUCGUCCUCCUCUCCUACGGCUGGUUCAGCAUGCUCGGCUACGUCGUGCUCAUCUUCAGCCUCGCCAACUACGCCAACAGCAUCGGCCUCAACGCGUCCCAGGCGUCCCUCGCCAGCGCCAUCUUCAACCUCGGCCAGGGCCUCGGCCGCCCCUUUGUCGGGCUCUUCAGCGACAGGACGGGGCGGAUCAACAUGGCCGGCCUCAUAACCUCGGCGUCCUCCUCUUUUCACCGUCGCCGGCGGUACGGUGGCGGGCACGUUUUGGGUCGCCGUCGCCCCGUUACCGCGGAAGUUGUGGGGCUCGCCGACGUGCCUGCCGCGCUGAACCUCAUGUGGCUCGUCAUCGCGCUCCCCUGCGCCUUUAGCGAGCCGAUGGCGCUCGAAAUUGUCGCUGGCACGGGCAAGUAUAUUGGCGCGCAGCUCUUCACCGGCUUCAUGUUUAUUGUCGCGGGUUUGCUGUUGGUCGUUCUCCGCGGCUGGAAGAUCGCCGAGAUUGAGGCUAUAGCGUAUGCCACGCACCAGGAACCGAGCGCCGUCGACCCUACCGCACCCAAUGGCCCUAUCACGGAAAAGGGUCAGCCUGUGCACGUCAAGAAGGCAGAGAUGAUGGCAAAAUGCCUAAAGCCAGUCAGGGUUUAG